AGUAUGUGAUCAUUAUGAUGCGACAAACAAAGUGUUAAAUAAAACAAAUAAAACAUUAAUUAAUUCAAAUCUAAGUUUGAUAUUCAUCUAGAUCCUUUAAAAGAAGAACAACUGUCUAUGAACAGGACCUGAAUGUUUUUGUAAAGUUGUCACAGGUCAACAAACCACAAAUCUAAUGCUUUAUAAAAACAAAAUAUAGGUAAAACUUUAAACCCAGCACUCAACAAAGAAAGGUAAUUAAAACUGUAAGGUAAGCCUGAAAGUUUAAAUAAUACAGAUAAAAAAAGUUAAAAAUACUCUGUGAAAUAAAAAUUGUUAUUUUCACUCGUGCAUAAUUUAAAAGCAGCUUUCUAAAACAGUUAAAAUAAUCAAAACAGUAAAGUGUUGAUAUGCUGAGGAAGCUGAUGUCAGAGAAAGCAGCCUGCACCAUAAACUCUCUAAAUAUAAUCCCUCUUUGUUUAGAGCAGCACUGACGCCCUCAUGUAAGUAACUCCACCUUUGAAGAAUUUGAAGCUCUGUGGCCAGUAUGGGGCUUGAACCCAUGACCUUGGUAUUAUUAGCACCGCGCGCUAACCAGCUGAGUUAAUUGGCCAAACGAAAUGAACGGCUAAAUGAAGCACCGUUCCUCCACAAUCAGAGAAAAAAAGAGGGUUCAAGCCAGGAAGCUGGUCUCAUCAGCAACAACAUGCUAAGCUGAGCUGACUGCCUAAAGCGCAGGUUUUAGCAAAAUAGCAAAAACUGCAGUUCCUCUGAUGUCCACCAGAGGCUGCAGCAGUGAGCCAAACCCCAAAGACUCGCAAGUUAAAAUGUGACACUGAGGAGUCAGUGGGUCCACAUGACGCACACGAUGGCCAGUUUGGCCUAACCUAAUACUCUGAUGUUGGGAGUGAGGGGGCGGGGCCAGAUUAGAAGGUUCACAGAUGAAGGUCAUCAGCACAGGUUUGAAACGCUUCACGUCAGGGUCAGUCAGUUUUAUUUUGAAAGUUCUGACCGGAAGCGGUGCGGUUCAUGCCUGAGGAAUGACAGUGUGGGAGCAUCCUGACGUCUUCUGUCGGAGCACAAAGUGGAAACGCACCUCCUCCUACUCCUCUUCCUCCUCAUGAUGCACGAGCACGCGCUCAUUCCUUUUAGAGCCGCGCGUGCCGUUUUAUUUCAUGUCGGUUUGUUUCCGGUUGGGCUCUAACGGAGAUCUCUUUUGUCCGAUGGCCUCCUCCUCCUCCUCCGUCCUCAGCAUCAGCACCACCGCCGGAGGGCCGUCGGGCCAGUCAGGACGGCCGGGAUUGAACCAGCAGCAGCUCUGCCGGAAGCUCUGCUGAGGAGGCCCGACUGACCGUCGAGUGUUCGUCUUUACCGACUGCAGAACAGCAGGACUUUUCGUCGCAAGUGGCUUCACCAUGACAGAGCAGAGAUUCAGCGACGUGACCGGAUGAAACCUGAAAGAACCAUGAUGGACAGCAGGAGGAGGCGGGAUGUCGACAGGAAGGAGAAUUAGGACGGAAACAGCAGCAAAAUCCAAAAGCUGGUGUUUUUUUCUGCCCAAAGGUUAGAGGACUUUCUGGACUUUGAGGACUUUCAGCUUCCCGAGAGCCGACGAUGUAAAGGAAGACAGCGGUGAUGAUUGUCCGUCUAUAAGCUGCAGCGGCAGAUUGUGCAACAUACACAUGAUUGUCUUCUGCUCACAGGAAAGGAUCAAAGUGCUUCUCGUCCUUUAGCUGAAAUCUGACAUCACACGUCACAAACGCACAGCAAAUACGAUUGUGUUACUGACACAAAGGGCACACUAACCAUCCUGCAGGUGUUACUCUUUAAGACUGGACUGAAGGAAGUGCUCGGACACCUGGUCAGAGGGUGGGCAAACCAUUUUGGGCAUCGGGAGCUGAUCCAGAGGGAGACCCCACAAUGUCUCACCUACACGCCGGCCUGAGCUCAGAGACGACGGAGAAAGCUCGACUGGAGCUGAACGAGAACCCGGACACUCUGCACCAGGACAUCCAGCAGGUUCGGGACAUGAUCGUGACGAGGCCGGACAUCGGUUUCCUGCGGACGGACGACGACUUCAUCCUUCGCUUCCUCCGAGCCAGAAAGUUCGACCAGAUGGAAACCUUCAGGCUGCUGGCCCAGUACUUCCAGUUCAGACAGCAGAACCUCGACAUGUUCCAGAGCUUCAAGGUGGAUGACCCGGGCAUUAAGCGAGCGCUGAUGGACGGAUUCCCGGGCGUGCUGGAGACUCCGGAUCAGCACGGUCGGAAAAUCCUCAUCCUGUUUGCUUCCAACUGGGACCAGAGCAGGAACUCCUUCACUGACAUCCUGCGGGCUAUCCUGCUCUCUCUGGAGGUCCUGAUAGAAAACCCGGAGCUCCAGAUCAACGGCUUCAUCCUCAUCAUCGACUGGAGCAACUUCUCCUUCAAACAGGCCUCCAAGCUCACGCCCAACAUCCUCAAACUGGCCAUAGAAGGCCUCCAGGACAGUUUCCCGGCUCGCUUUGGAGGAAUCCAUUUUGUGAAUCAGCCCUGGUAUAUUCACGCCAUGUACACCAUCAUCAAGCCGUUCCUCAAAGACAAGACCAGGAAGAGGAUCUUUCUCCACGGCAACAACCUGAACUCGCUCCACCAGCUCAUCCAUCCCGAGUGUUUGCCAUCCGAGUUCGGCGGGACGCUGCCGCCGUACGAUAUGGGCAUCUGGGCACGAACGCUGCUGGGACCCGACUACAAUGACGAGACCGAGUACACCCUCACCUACGAUGCCCUGCACGUCAGGGAGAACUGUGGAGGAGGAGGAGGAGACAAGGACAUGAUGAAGAGGUCUCAGUCGGCGGUGGAACCAGGAACUCUGCGACAGACGGACAGAGAGACCAGCACACCGCUACUGGCCCUGGACUGAACACACACACACACACAGAGUGUACACACACAACAUCCACGUCAACACACACUCAGGAGCAGCUGUGGAUUAAGCUGGUGUUUUGUCCUCCCGUCCUGUUGAUCUGAACUCUGACAGUGAACUUCCUGAACAGCACACACACACACACACACACACACAGACACACACACACACACACACACACACAGUCUGACCUGUCUCUGAGCCGUCUAAUGCUUCUCAGCUGAGCCUCUCUCCAGCCAGCAGCAUCUGUCCUGAUGUUCACAACAACAAACAGCAGCAACACAAACACACAAAUCAAACGUGUGUGUGUGUGUGUCAUCGCCUGUUGUGCACCAGCGGCGUGCGUUUAUCUCAUGACUUCACAUACGUGACAGGAUGAUGUUUCUGUGAACAGAGUCAGAAACAAACAAACAAAAAGGGCCAAAUGUGACGGAGUUGAAACUUUAUGUAAAACCUCACAAAGACGUUGCUAUGAAGAAAUGGUUACAAUCAAAUUCAGAUUUAAGAGGGUUGCACCAACAAGGUUCAUUUAAACAGAGACAACAUUCAGUCACAACAUUAAAUCCAAUCCUUCUGUUCUUUAGUUUUCUAACACAGGAAACUACAGCUCCCAUUUUGCUUCCAGGGAUAAAAACAGGAAAUACAAGGUUGCCAUGGAAUCAGUCCAAUAGCUGAAUUCAGUAUUAGCAGUUAAUGUUUCCAGUGUGUGCAUAAAUGUGCAGGUAGCUGUUGCUGGGUUAUUGCAAUACCGAAGGAAGCUUAAAAUCUUGGUUAUUCUCAAGGAAGUUCUGCAGGCAGUUAUUUUCAGAUUGUUUUGGUUGUUUAUCCAAAAAGGCAAACAUCAUCAUAGCGAUAUGCGAGUCACACUGAAGCUGCUUCAUGUCUGUGUUUCUCGAUUCAUCGAGUCAUAACUCAAAAAGCUUUUUAUGAGCAAUAACGCACAUUUGUGCAAGUUAAUUAAAUUAGCGGCGUUAUAUCUGGAUUUUUUCUGGGAUUUCAUAAAUUAAAAGCAAAUAUACUUUAUAAUAGACAAAAAAGCCACUUAAUUUAAAUUUCACAAGUCAGUUUUUCUAUCACUGAACAAAUCUGCAACGUGUCUGAGUAAAAGUGGAAAUAAAAACGAACAUAUGAUCCAUUUUUAAAUGUUUUAGAUCACAUUAAAGAUUUAUUAUCGCUAUAAAUCUACAUAGUGUUAUUAUAUUUAGCACAGAUAUUUUUGUAGUGUAGCUAUUAAAUGUACUGUUAAGCUUACACCCACCCAUUUGUUACUGCUGCAGUAUACAGCUGAUAUAGUAAAUUAAACAACUCGAAAUCUUUAAUAAUAUCAAGAAUAAAAUAAACAGUGUUUUAAUAACAUAAUAAUUGAACAUCUUGGGUUUAUUUUUGACAUCACAGAACAUCUGAAUCUUUAAGAAAAAGCUUCUGUGGCUUCUCAGCAGCUAAACAGCUAAAUGCUUCCCUCUGGAGGUGGUGGAGCCCAAACACGGAGCAAAAAAAUGACCAAGUACUAAAUUCAUGGCGUGGACACAGAUUACAGUUCAGAUGUCUGAAAUGCAGAGUGUGCUCUGCUGCCCCCCAGUGGUGAAUUUCAGUAAAAGCUGCUUUAAAGAAACAUUUUGAAUGAAUUAAAACAUGUGUCUGAGUUUAAAGGAAAUCCUUUUUGGUGAAACCCAACCUUCAAACCUCUGAAUGUGAAAAUAAGCUUUUAGUUUUUAUGAUCUUUAUCUGAAUAUGAAUGAAAACUGUUUCAUUUGAGCCAAAUCUUUUUGCAGCUUUGGGAAAAUCUUCAUAGGAAAGGAAGGAAAUGCAGGCGGGAACGUUCCCGCGGCUCAGCCAGCGAGGCUGGCGUAAAGGAGACUUCACUUUGGUAGAAUAGUUUCACCUAUUUCCACCCACUUUGCACAGGCAUUUCAAAAUAAAAGCACUGGAUCACAUGCAUGGAAUGAUUUUGCUGUGGAGAAACCACAGGAUGCCAAACUCUCACCUUUAACCUCUCCUGCAGUGAAGGAAAAGAUUGUUUGUUGUUUUUUAAUCUAAUGUAUUUGAAGAUUGUAUAUUAUUAUUAUUAUUAUUAUUGUUAUUGUUAUUAGUAUUAUUGCACUGCAAAAAAAUGACACACCGGGCAAAAUGUUAUCCUGAGAUUAUUGAAGUCGAUUCACUUCCUGCAGCAGAGAAGAUUCAGGUUUCAGUUCAACGUGCAGGUCGAUGAUUUUUCUCUGAAUAUACCGUCGAGUAUUUGUAAAAAACACAACGGUGACUUUGUCAGAUUUUUUUGCAGUGUGUACGAUUCAUCAUCAGGGCUACACUCAAUCUCCACUCGACUCCAACGUAAUGUAUUUCCUUUCAAUGAAUGUAAAGAAGUAAACAUUUACACCAAAACUGCUCAGUGUGCUUUAUUUUGACAGUGUGUCUUUUAUUUUGAAGGGCAGACUAAAUGAUUUUUGGCUGUAAACCCGACUUUUUCCUUCUUUAGUCAUAAUAAGGUAUGUGACGUUUGUACGCCUGGCUAACGGGGCAGGAGAGC